AUGUUGUUACCUAUAUAUUACGAUAUCUAGGGUUUUUCAUUCGCCUUGUGAGGUUGCAGUAGCCGCAGGGGAAGAAGAAGAAAAUGUCUCACAGGAAAUUUGAGCACCCAAGGCACGGGUCCCUUGGAUUUCUUCCAAGGAAACGAGCAGCUCGUCACCGGGGAAAAGUGAAGGCUUUUCCUAAGGAUGACGCAACCAAGCCUUGCAGGUUGACUGCCUUUUUGGGUUACAAGGCUGGAAUGACCCACAUUGUCAGGGAGGUUGAGAAGCCAGGAUCUAAACUCCACAAGAAGGAGACAUGUGAGCCUGUGACAAUCAUUGAGACCCCACCGAUGGUGAUUGUUGGUGUCGUUGGAUAUGUGAAGACCCCACGUGGCCUGCGCACUUUGGGCACUGUAUGGGCUCAGCAUUUGAGUGAGGAAGUUAGGAGGAGAUUCUAUAAGAACUGGUGCAAGUCAAAGAAGAAAGCUUUUGCUAAGUACUCUAAACAAUAUGAAACUGAUGAGGGAAAGAAGACCAUCCAGGAGAAGCUUGAGAAGCUGAAGAAAUAUGCAUCGGUGAUCCGUGUCUUGGCUCAUACUCAGAUCACAAAGAUGAAGGGAUUGAAGCAAAAGAAAGCACACCUGAUGGAGAUCCAGGUGAAUGGUGGUUCAAUUGCUCAGAAGGUGGACUAUGCCUACGGUUUCUUUGAGAAGCAAGUUCCAGUAGAAGCUGUUUUCCAGAAAGAUGAGAUGAUUGACCUUAUUGGUGUGACCAAGGGUAAAGGUUAUGAAGGUGUUGUCACUCGUUGGGGUGUUACACGUCUCCCCCGUAAGACUCACAGGGGUCUUAGGAAGGUGGCUUGUAUUGGUGCAUGGCAUCCUGCUAGGGUGUCCUUCACUGUUGCGAGAGCUGGUCAGAAUGGUUACCACCACCGAACUGAAAUGAACAAAAAGAUUUACAAAAUUGGAAAGACGGGGCAGGAAUCGCAUACUGCUAUCACUGAAUUUGACAGGACCGAGAAGGACAUUACUCCCAUGGGUGGUUUCCCUCACUACGGUAUAGUGAAGAGCGACUACUUGAUGAUUAAGGGAGGUUGUGUUGGACCCAAGAAGAGGGUCAUCACCCUUCGUCAGUCACUUCUCAAACAAACUUCUCGUGUGGCUCUUGAGGAGAUCAAACUUAAGUUCAUCGAUACAUCCUCUAAGUUUGGCCAUGGACGCUUCCAGACAACUCAGGAGAAACAGAAGUUCUUUGGUCGCCUCAAGGCCUAGGUUUAACUGCCUUCCUUUAUCCAUGGUUGUUUUGUUGGCUCCCAUCACCCCUGAAUUUUUGUUAUCUAUUUCUGUUAUUUUGAGUAUUUUGAGUAGUGGAAGUUUUUGUUAAACUUAAAUUUUGAACUUGAUAGUUUACUAUUAAUGAGACUUAAUUUCACCUUCUACAA